AUGGCAAUCAUUUUUCAAGUCUUUAUUGAGAGAAAUCAUCAAUGUUAAUUAAAAUGUAUAUAAGGAUGUAAGAAAUGUACUUAUGGUAUUUAUUAUGAUGACUGUCCAAAUGGAGAAAUGAAUAUUGAUGGUAUUUGCUAUUCAAUUUGUAGUGAUGAGAAUAAAAUAUAGUUUGAUGGAUGCUUUAAUUGUAAAUUUCAUCAGCAUUGUGUUAUUUUUUUUUGAGGGAAUUUUUUAUGAAUGCUAGUAAUACUAUAAAUGAUUAAUAGUGCAUUUUAUGAUGGCUGUGGUACAGAAAUAAAAUUUUACUAUGAAUAAUUUGAUUAUUACAAUCUAAUAGAUGAUGAUGGCUGCUCCUCUAAUUGUAAGAUUGAGGUUGAUUAUAAGUGUUAAGAAAAAUUAUAGUUACUUUGA